GAAACUAAAGAUCUUGGUCUUCGUUAGGACAUGUUCCUAAGUUUAGGGAGAGAAACAGAACAAAACAAACAAAACAGAGCGAUUUUUGGGUUCACAUAUUAUUUAAGUGGUGGAGCGUUUAUCGACAGGAAAAAAAAGAAGAAGAAAUCUUCUACUGUUGCAUUGGGCUCUUCUUCUUCUUCGUCAUCUCUCCACCACUUGUUGCUCUGUUUUUAGAAUCCUCUGUUUUUAGCAGAAACGGAGAGAAAAUUCAGUGUCUUCUGUAAUCGAAAACAAAUUUCGUUUUUUCUUGGAGAGAGGGCUGAUUUCAAUCCCUUGGAUCCCCCAUACCCAUCUGAUUCAGAUUCCAGACAAUGGGUCUGUGUUUGUAUUCGUGUUCAUGCGCGAUUAGAUUGAUUCGAUUCUGAUUCGAAUCAGAGGGAAAAGACCAACAAUGGCGUCUCCCCAGGUGGAAAUCGUGUCGGCUCAGAACUUCGGCUGUGUUCUGAGAGAUCGGAACCAACGGGCCGACAAUGUUUUCGAGAAGAAUCUGAAAGCUCUGGUCAAAGACCAUCAUCAUCACCAUCAUCAUUAUCAGCAGCAACAGCGAAUCCGGAAUCGUAUCUCUGCUGAAUCUGCAAUUUCCGACCUGAAUACUCAGAAUCGGAUCGAUUCUUGGAUCGAGAACCAGCAACAACAGAACAGAAGCAACCGUCUCCGACCACCGGAGUUCUACCGUCCGAAAAAAGACGGUAUCUUUUCCGACGGCUCGAGUCAGACAACUCAAAAGCAUUUUCCCAAAGAAUCAGCGAACUUACCGCCGAAAGAAUCGAUUCCCAGAAGAGAGAGGCCUGAGAAUUCCAAGAGAAACGAACCCGUCGGAGCUUCUUCUCUGGUUCAGAUAUGGGAGGCCAGGCUGAUUCGAUCCAACGGUGGGAAUCCACCGAUCCAGGACCAAUCGACGGCGAGCAGUAGCUGGAGAAGCUCAGGAGCAAACAACGUUCAAGAAACUCUCUGUCUCGACGGAGAAUCUGAACCGGACGGUGAAUCGAAGAACCCAGAUCAGACUUUGGAGAUUGAAUCUGGGUCAUCUUGUUCGGUGUCUGAUUCCGGCGAGAGCAAAUGGGGCAGAGUCUCCGACAUUAUCAAGCAACUGAGCAAUGAACAGAAGCAAAUCGCCGGAGGAGUCAUCGGAUUGCCGACAAUCAGAACCCCGAGGCCUUGUCUGUCUUCAUGUUCGUCGACGUUGUCGGAAAAAACCCUUUUUCCGGUGGUUGCUUGCUCGCCGAGAAUUCGAGGCCGGCAAGCAUUUGCCGAUUUGCUCAUGCAGCUCGAACGCGAUCGCCACCAUGAACUGGACUCACUUCGCGAACGCAACUCAGUUUCCAAGUUUCCUCAACGUGGCCGUCUCCAGUCAAUGCUACGGCUAAGGACUCUCCAGAGAUGCAUAGCAAUUCAAGAUCGCCAUAGCUCUAACGUUAAAACAGCUCGCCAGGAAACAGGUUCUGCAGUUAUGCAUCUGAGGGAGAGAUUUAGGGUUAACCCUGCAAACUCCGCCACCUCAUCUGCAAUAGACCGAAGAAACGACAUGUCGAAGGAGGUAGACAGGGAAACAACAGUAGCAGAAAGUUCUAGACAAUCGAAAGAAACCGGUAAUCUUCCGGAAGCUUCUAUGGAUCGAAAGGUAGAGAAAGAAGAAGCAAACCUACCCAAGAACGAUGAUACUGCCAUUGGAGAGGAUGAAUCAAAGAGGACUUGCCAUGCGCAAGAAACCGCGAAUGAAGAAAACGCCAUGUGGGAAAAAAAGGAGGGUUUGUACCUUGAGCGACAAGAAACGUCGUCUUUGAACGAGUGGGAAGGGUACGAGGACGAGCAAUCGUAUUACGGAGACACGAACUACGACUGGUUCAGCGAAAUAUCUCGGCCACGGAGUUACUGGGAAGACCUGAGGAAGAAUCGGUAUAUGGAAGUGAUGAAUAACACUCCGUCUGGAAAGGAGGAUAUAUGCAGACUCCUUGAGAGGAGAACGGUUUCGAGCUUUCUCGAGAGCGACUUGCGCGAGAAUAUUGACAGGCUGAUGAUGUCCCGUGUGCAGAGACAACCUAUUCAGCGUGUCGAAGAACGAACUGACAGAUGGGAAAUAACCCGAGAAUCGAACCUGGAAGAAGAAGAAGUGGAAGAUGAGAAAGUUGAAGAUGGAAGAGAAGAAGAAGAAGAAGGAGAUCAGAUCGAAGCGGAAGAAGGUCAAGAGAGCGAUGACUCCAGCCACUCGUCCUCUCAGAUGUUUUUGCCUUCUCCCGGCGGAAUCUGGAGUUCCCGGGACACGGGAGUUACUUCCACACCGCUCUUACCUGUCCAUAAUCACCACUCUCUGGAAAUGGACCUCAUAAACGAACUGAGAGCUCAGAUUCAGCAGCUCCAACGAGAAAUGACUGAGCUAAGCGACACUGUCAACACGUGCAUGGACGCCAACUCACGUCUGCAACAGUCGGUUCACCAGGAAAACCCGCUCAAACGCAAAUGCUGCGUUUGCAACCAAACGCAGGUCGAGUCGCUUCUUUACAGAUGCGGACACAUGUGCACGUGCCUGAAAUGCGCGAACGAGUUGCAGUGGAAAGGCGGGAAAUGUCCGAUCUGCCAUGCCCAGAUUCUGGACGUUGUUCGCGUCUUUUUCUGAUCCAAGAAGCUGAAGAAACAGCUAAACCGAUACACGCUAACGAUUAACGCCAGUUUUCAUCCCGAUCUGAGAAUUAUAUUUCUGACAUGAAGAAGAACCCUAACAGUGUUUUUGUCAUCUCAAUCUGAGAAUCAUGUUUCUACUCUUUGUAAUAUAGGUUCUUUUCGUGGAGCCUCCUCACUAACAUGUAAACGUUAUAUACAAGCCAUUUCGCCUUUCGCCUUCCUUCA